GAUGCUUGUCACAAAGUCAAUUGCGGAAUGUCAUUAGACCUGCCAUUUUACAACCCCCACAAGCCCGGACCUGGCCUGAAAAACCAGUAGUAUCGCUAGUAACUAAGAAAGAAGCAUGUGUUCAGCUUUUGGAAGACAGCUCUUAUUUCUCAGAUGAGAAUUCAGUAAGUUCCAAAACAGCAGCAAGGUCACCUACUACUAUGCCUCUUUCUAGCUCUGAAACAACACGAAGUCAGUUGUUCAAAGACAGAAGUGUACAAAACAGCAGCAAUUCUGACUUUGUGUUUGGAGAAAACAUGAUUGAGAGAGUCUUGAGUCCUGAGAGGCAUCCUAAGCCGUGUAAUGCAGCUGAUUCAUACAAAGGAGAAAUAACAUCCAUUUACAUAGAAUCUUUUCCUGUCAGUCCACAAAUAAAUUUGUUGAGGAAUGCAACACUAAUUGAAUCAGCAGCUGCCUGUAUUUCCAAGCGAGUGGAGAAAAUUCCGUUAGAUAAAGUUGAAGUUAUAACUGGAGAAGAAGCAGAACACAAUGUACUACAGAUCAACUGUAAGCUCUUUGUAUUUGAUAAGGUUUCUUUAACCUGGACUGAAAGAGGCAGAGGAUCCCUGAGGCUUAAUGACACUUCUAGCAAUAAAUGUGGAAUGUUGCAGUCAAGGCUAAUUAUGCGUAAUCAAGGCAGCUUGAGACUAAUUCUCAACACCCGAGUCUGGGAUCAAAUGGUUAUAAAAAAAGCAAACAGAAAGAGCCUAUGCUUCACUGCAACCGACCAAGAGGACCACUCUGUUCAAGUAUUUCUAAUUCAGGCAAGCUCAAAAGACACUGGAUACCUCUAUGCAGCAAUACAUCACCGCCUUGUGGCAUUGCGAAGCUUUGCUGAGCAAGAGCCAGAUGCUAAUCAAGCAGGCACAGAGUCAGAAAUAGCUUUGGAACCAUUAAACUGUGAUAGCGAUGAUGAAGAUGAUGGAAAAAUCAA